GCGAUCAUUAGUGAAGUAUCUAGCUACUUCAGUACCAUCAUUAAUCAUUCCUUGGCAACAUCAACUUUAUUUAUAUAUAGAUAUAUGGCAGGAGUUGGGAUCACGAAGAUGACACACACAGUACCAAUUAGACACAUGAAGGCAAGUUUAGUAGGCAGCAGGAGGUUGCAUGGGAACAAACUAAAUAAUCCGGGAGCAAAACGCAAAGGGCCGUCGGGCGUCAGAGAUGAUGAUCAUGAUGCCGACGACAUGGAAGUAAAGAAGGAAGACUGGCCGGUUUCGUGUUGCUGGAUGCCGCAUUAUCGUACUGGGAUUUACUACCCAAAAGGACAUGAAGCAAUAAUGGAGGACAUUCCAGAGGGUGCAGCUUGCUUUGGGGACACAACUUAUUGGAUGAGAAACAUUGAUGGAGUCGACAAGCCUGAUGGAUGAUACCGUUGAUUAAUGUUGAUGUUAUGUAUAGAGGAUUCAUCAAGUAAUCGUUCGUGUUAAAUACUCCCUCCGUCCCAUAAUUAUUUCCAGUUUAGGUUUUCAUUUCUAGUUCAAAUUGUACUAAAAGUGAAAUCUCAAACUGGACAAUAAUUUUAGGACAGAUGGAGUAUACCCGAUUAUAUAUGUAAUCCAACACUAAAUUAUUGAUCCAGUCAUUUGCUAUGGCAGCAGAGGACGCCAAAUCAAGAGACUAAUUUCUAGGAAUGAAACAGUUAACCUAAUCAUACAUUGCC